AUGGGCGUUGGCGGGCGUUUAUUCAAGAUUGUCCGUUUGGGCCGAGGAGGGUUCCAGUUGGCGGUCAAUUUCGGUCCGCAGAUUAUUCCACUCUUUAAGGAGGCCAGGAAUUUGCUUUGGGUGGGCUUCCAGGUUCCUCAUGCGAUUACGAAUAUGGCGAAGGAUGCGAAGAGGGUUUAUCCCCAUGCUGUUAGUUUGAUGGAAACUGCUAGUUUGACGGAAACUGCUAGUUUGAUGGAAACUGUGAGUUUGUCAUACAGGCAAUACGACCCUCUGUCCCUAUCCUGGCUUUUGUACAUGCAUCGCAUCGGACUGCUAGACUGGGAGUGGAAGCCGAGAGUGUUUCCGUGCUUAUCUUUCGGUGGGCAGGAAUACAUGGUGCGGACGACGACUUUGCUUGCCGCUGGCUCUGGUGGUCCUACGUCAUCACUCGGGAAGUCCAGCGUUAAGGAAACGCCACCAUCAUCGACGUUAACGCCAAAGCCCACGAGGUCAGCGAUGUCUUGA